UGAAUGGAUGGAGAGAUUUUCCUCACUUUCAAGAAAAUAAAUCAGAUUAACGAGAUGUUUCUGAUCUCAUCAUCAUCGCACCUUCCAACCCACGCAAUGUAAUUCAAACGACUGCAUCGACACACACAUCAAUACAAACACAUACAUACAUAUAUAUAUAUAUAUAUAUAUACAUAGAGAGAGAGAGAGGAGAAGAAGAAGAAGAAGAAGAAGAAGAUCAGACUGCCUCUGCUCCUAUGGAAACGACUCGACUGAGAAUCAGAGAGGGAGGGGGCCAGGAAGGGUAGAGCUGCGAGCCGGCGAAGCCGCCGCUGAGAGCUUUUCUAGGGUUUUCAGCUGCUCAAACCUCAUACGCAGUCUAAACUGCUGAGCUGAAACGGGGAGGGGAAGUAGUGAGAUAAGAUAUGGCUGCGGAAGGCAACGGGAAGAGCAGGAUCCUCAUAGUCGGAGCCACCGGGAACCUUGGCCACCAGUUGGCAGCUGCCGCUCUCCGCUUCUCCCACCCGACGUUCGCCCUCGUCCGGCCCUCCGCAUUCGCCGACCCCGUGAAAUGCCGGACCCUGCGCUCCCUCUCCGAUGCCGGCCUCACUAUCCUCAAGGGUUCGUUGGAAGAUGAGGAGAGCUUGCUGGAGGCUUUAAGGAGAGUGGAUGUCGUGAUCUGUGCGCUCCCUGCUAAGCAUGCUCUGGAUCAGAAGCCGCUGAUCCAAUCGAUCAAGAAAGUUGGGUCUAUAAAGAAGUUCAUUCCUUCAGAAUUCGGGUUGGACCCGGAUAAGGUUCAUAUAUUGGACAUGGACCACGGGUUCUAUUCGCGGAAAGCCGAAAUUCGGCGUAUGGUGGAAGCAGAAGGCAUUCCUUACACCAUUAUAUCAUGCAACUUCUACAUGAGCUAUCUCCUUCCAUCUCUUGUUCAACCCGGGCUGAAGGCGCCUCCAAGGGAUGAGGUCACGAUCUUCGGGGAGGGAAACACUAGAGGUGUUUUCGUGAAAGAAAGUGAUGUUGCAGCCUUUACCAUCAGGGCUGUGGAUGACCCGAGAACACUGAAUAAGGUUGUCUAUCUGAGGCCGCCCGGUAAUGUCUACUCCAUGAAUGAGCUUACUGAAAUUUGGGAGGCUAAGAUUGGGAAGAAGCUGAGGAAAAGAUACGCAUCAGAAGAGGAGCUUCUUACUAAAAUCGGAGAGACCCGUUAUCCUGAUAACAUGCCGUUUGUUUUCAUAUACUCUGCAUUCAUAAAAGGAGAUCAGACAUACUUCGGGAUCGAGGAUUCUGAGGGCCUGGACGGGAUGAAAUUGUACCCGAACUUGACAUAUACGACAAUAAGCGAGUACUUGGAUACUUUAGUGUAGCAAGAAUUUGUGGACUUUUUUCUUUGCAGCUGAAGUGUAUUCAUCCUACUGUUUCGUAAAUUUCAUCAACUUUCUCCCAAAGUCCUCGGAACUCUAGUUUAAA